GCAUUUAUUUGUGUACGUCACAGACGCGUCAUCAAAAAUCAUCUGUGUUUGCGAUUUGGCGAUGAUCUGAAUUCGUGGCACUGGUAAAGUGGUAAUAGACAGUAUAUUCAUAUAAUAUUAGUCUACAAAGUUGAACACUUGGCAUUCAGUGAAAAUAGAUUUAAUCAUUUAGAAAUGGAGACGGUUAAGGAUUUUAUAGUUAACCAAUUAGUGUUGGUCGUUGUCCCUAUUACAGUUGUGGUUGGUGCUAUUUUUGUGUAUAUAUUUGGUUUUAAACGGGCUGAACAACCACCCUUUACAAAGUUAGCAACAGUUGUAAACGAUGAUAAAAAAUCGAAAGAUAAAAAACAACCAAAAAAAGAUAAAAAGAAACCUACCGCAAAUGGUCAUGCAACUGCUGUUAAAGAUUCUAAAUCUGAAAAGUUAGUUAAAAAGGGUUCACCAGUUAAAACAAAUGAAGCUGAAAAAACUUCACCAAAACAACAAAAGGAAAAGCAACAAGAUUCAAAUAAACGGGCUGAGCUUCCAAAAGAAGUUCAAGUGAAAAAUAAAAAGAAUAAGAAGAAUGAAAAUGUAAAACCUUUAGAUUAUGAUGAAGGUAAUUGGGAAACUGUACCAACCAAGAAUGAUAAAAAGAAUCGUAAAGCAGUUGAAGAUUCACCAAUUAUUGAAAGUCCAAAGAAAAAGAAAUCAAAGAAAAUCGAAGAUUUACUUGAUUCACCAAAGAAAGAAAAGAAAAUUGAGGACAAAGCAAUUAAAGAAGUUGUGAAUAAAGAGUUAAAAGAAAAAUCAGCAAAAAUUAAAAAAGAUACUACAUCAGAAAAAGGUAUUGAAUUAACUUUAACACCUGUAGACGCUGCUGAUGGAAAAACUAAAAAAAAGAAGAAGAGUAAAAAAGAUCAGGAAACCGAAAAAGGAGCUGAAGAAGUUACUGAAAAAGUUGUAAAAAAGCAAGAGGCUAAAGUUGAAAAGGCUCCAAAAAAGAAAGAAAAUAAAUCAGAUGAAAAUCAAUCACAAGAUAAAGCAAAAAACGAAUCAAAAACUGAAAAAGCUAAAAAACCUGAAGCUGACAAAUCUAAACAAGUAGAAAAAUCAAAAGAGCCCAAGGAAAAAAAAGAAAAAUCACCUAAAGCUGAAGUAAAAGAAACUAAAACUGAAGCCAAACCUGCUGCGAAGAAAAAUGAAGGAAAAGCUAAACCAGCAGAUGAUAAUGCAAAUAAGUCACCAAAAACAAAAUCUGAAAAACAAGCAAAAGCACCAAAAUCUGGUGAUGAAGUAAAAACACCACCUGCUGAAGGUAAGGCUAAAAAACAAAAAGAUGACAAACCUAAAGAAGGUCAAAAGACUACUGAUUCUCCGAAAGCUCAGCCUAAGAAACCAGCUGAACCAAAAAAGAAAGCAGAAAAAGUAGCUGAUGCAAAAGAAGCCAAACCACAACAACCGCCAAAAGAAAAAGUGCAAAAAAAUACUGAAACGGCAGCUAAACCAGUUGAACAAUCAAAGGCCAAAGCACCAAAAACUAAAGAAAGUGCUACAAACACUGAAGCCAAAACAGAAUCAAAACCAGCUAAAGCACCAAAACAACCAAACCCUUCGAAAGUAACACAAACAUCUGCUGCUCAGAGCAAUGGUGCCGAAGAACCAGAAAAAUGGGCAGAGGUUAAAAGCAAGAAAAAAGCACGAAAAGAUCUUUGAAAGAGUAUUGAAUUUGUGCAUCAAAAUGCGUCAGACAAUUUCCAAUUGCAACAAGCGAUUUAUACAAUCAUCGUCGCAUUUAUCAGUUGAGAUGGUUAAAAAUCACACAACAUCCAUCAGCUCAACCAAAUUUUUUUUCCAACAUUUUUUUGCUUGACAAAAGAA